CAUGCUUGGGCUGUUGUCAUGCUGUCCAUCGUACUGUAAAUGGUUUAUAUAAUAUGGUUUUGGUGCAGGCAAUCCUUCACAAUGCAUCUGCUACAGCUUAUGACAUCAUGGGCGGUUGUUUGUGAUGUGUGGUAUUUGGAGUCCGAAAAUAUCAAGUCUGGGGAGACUGCCAUUGAAUUUGCAGAGAGGGUCAGGGACAUAAUUUCUGUUCUAGCAGGACUUAAUAAGGUCCUGUGGGAUGGGUAUCUGAAAUACUCCCGUCCUAGCCCAAAGCACAGAGAGCAAAAACAACAAAGUUUUGCCUAGUCUAUGCUUCGACGCCUAGAGGAGAAGUGAUAUUUGUUUCUUCUUUUUUAGUCUUGGUUCAUUUUUAGCUUGUUGCAUGUACUACACUCCAUACUCUUCAUUAGAGUAACCAGUGUUUGUAGCCUAACAGAAGGUGGUACACUUGGUUCAGGGAUGUAUAACAGUAACUAAUUAACUACCUAAAACUUAUGCUGUUGCACGACUCUUGAGGCCAUGGUUUGUGAAGUAAAAGUGGAUGAGACAUAUUCACCAACCACAGUUGCAACAUCAAACAACUCUGAGAGAAGCUCAAUCAGGACAAGGGGCUCCGGUUCACCCUUGAACUGCAUAUCAAGUUUGGUUCAGCAAAUGAAUAUGGACAAUGAUCAGGAAUUGUCUACAGCCAUGCUUCGGAUUGAGGCACUGGAUGCCGGUUGGCAAAAGGAGGAACUAGAGGCACCCAUUCACUUUUCUUUUAAGCAUUUCAUAUGGCUGCAAUUCUCACUUGAUUCAUUUUCUUUUGGUAUCAUCUAGGACUUGAUAAAUCAGUACUAGGUUAAAAAAUUUGUAGAAUUUCAAAUUACAUGAUGGUGAUUCCACCAGGAGACUGGAACAGUCUGAGAUGCUAGCAUUUCUCUCGCGUCAAUGGUGCACUUGCUAAAUAUUUCAAAUCGGGUGAUGAUCAGAAAUUACAGGCGAGUUGUAACAGUUGAUUGCUGCACGUACAGGUGCAUGAAACACACAUUCUUCAAGUAUCAAGCAGAAGAACUUUCAGAGUCUGGAUAGAGCCCCUUUGUUUGACAACAUUGUAUUGUCUAUAAACAAUGAAG